CAUCCGGGAUCUUCUGUGUCAAAGGUUACAUAUUCAAGAUGUCGGCCUAUGUCAACGAAGUGGAGAGGGUUCCAAAAAUGUAAUGGGUAAAGACAUUCCAGUCUGGAUGACAGAUACCCCGGACAAAGGGGUUCUCCAUACGUGUAUGAGAUUUGUGAGCACUCUGUGAUAUAAACUGUCCUCCUCAUAAAGAUGACUUACCAUGACAUCAUAUAAAAGUCCCAGAGCAGAAAUACUAGCAGGAAGCCGUGUUCGCAGUGGAAGUGCUUUCUCCGAUGAAGGAUCUCAGAAAGAAAGCCCAGUGUCAUCCAGAACAUCUUCACUGAAUUCUUCCAACAUGGAGGGUAACACAGUAGGAGACUCUGCACUAAGAGGUAGAUUGUUGUAUGGGUCCAAUGUAAGCAGGAUGAAAGAAAAAUUUCAGCAAGGGCCCAGAAAACCUGAGGAGGCCAGGUCCCUGUCUGCCAGCAGGGCCGUGACAUCAGAGGGCGACCGCUCGCCAGAGAUCAAGAGGAAAAAGACAUGUGAUAUACAGUCUACCGGAAAUGUGCAGACAGAAAACAGUCAGCCCAACCUGCACGAUGCUGCAAAUCAUGUACAGAGAUUCAUGUAUACUAGAGCUCUGUUUGCAAAAAUGGAAGAAAAAAAUAGAGCCCCUGUGGAACCUGUUCAAUUAACCCGACCACGAAAAUUGUCCUCCUCUGCUUCAGGUCCAUUGUCCCCAGCCCUAUCUCCAGACCAUACAAAAAAGGCCCCGUCCAAAGAUGCAAUAGAGAGAAUGGAUAAGGACCAGGCUAUGGAUUCAGGCAGCACAGGGGGUAAAUCUAAGUUUGAACAUAAGAGCUCACAUGCAUUUAGUAACAUGGCUGGAGGACUCCUUUGGAAGCGAAGACAGUAUGAAAGUAGAGCUAAUCCAGAUAUUGCCAGAAAAGAAGAUUCAUUGGGAAAACAGAAUGGAGAGUUGGGAAGCAUUCUACAUCGGGGAUAUGAUCAUUCAAUAUCAUCAAGGGGACUGGGUGCAAGGAAAAUCCAGUCCGAUGAAAAUUUGUUAUCCAACAGUUCCAAGCAAGAAGUGAAUGAACCUGCCACCCUGAGAUCCAGAUCAGAUUCCCUAGAAGCAGCAGGCACUGCUCAGCAUUCUUAUGAUGGAGAAAGGCCUGUGACGUUACCCCGAAACUAUAAACCUUCUGAAAGUGUUGUCAUGAGACAAAAGAGGUUUGAUAGUGAUGGAAGGAAGGACAGUGCCAAACGGUUAAGUAAAGAAGAAAUUCAGGCCGCCAUUAACAGAGCCGACUCCUACUUAUCCCACAAAUCGGAGACAAACAAUGAUUUUCAAUCAAAAAGACGUUCAUGGGAACUGAGAGAACAAAUGUCCGAUAUUUCAGAAGGAAGUCUUUAUGGCUGGACCAAAAGCAAAAAUCAGAAGUUGUCUCGUUCAAUGGACUGUUUAGAAAACAGAAGUAAUGAAUCAUCUAUAAGUUCAGAAUCUAAAAAAGAGAUAAAGUCAGAAUAUGUUGAUGAGGGAAAACCCUCCUUAGUAGGAGAUAAAAAGAGUGUUACAUCGCCCACCAGACAAAUUCCAGGAACUAAACCUCCCAUACCCAGUAAGCCUAAUAUAGUUUUGAACACUGGAUCUAGUAGUGAUUCCUCUGUUGUGAGUAGUGCGCCAGCCCGAAGACAGUCCCCUGUCCCCAAACGAACAGCACCCCCACCCCCUAACAGGACUCCUCCAUCACCCACUAAAACUACCCAUCCACCAUCUCUCUCCCCUACUAGUGAUAUAGUAAAUGAGUUUAUGGAUCAAAGGAAGAGUGAUUCUUUAAAAUCAUCCCCCCUCAAUGAAAGUGUUGAGAAAAGGGUCAUUAGUGAAGCAAAGCUGGAUUUUAAAAGUGUGAAUUCUAAUGACAGUGCACCACAUGUAAUUGACAAUGAAAGUGAAAGGCCUUACCAAAAUGUCACCAGUUCAAAAUCAGGUAUGCUCGAAUCCACUUCACAUUAUCACUCAGAAAGAGACCAGAGGACUACAUCGCCAAAAGACAUUGAAGAAGAGAUUGUGCCAAAGGAGUCUUCUCAGGCUGCCCACUCACCAUCUUCUGUGAUAUCCAACAAAGGAGUUGACAGUGACUCAGAUCUCUAUGAACCUGUGAUUCCAAAGUGCCACUUGCCACCCCCACCCCCUUAUCCUAACCCCCCACCCCCACCAUAUCAGAGCCACGUGUCUCCGCCCAGUUCGGGUAACUAUUCCACUACCCUGCCUUCCAUGGUAGACCAGCUUCCUGCCUCGCAUCACUACGAGAAUGUGAAAUCCUCUACUUACGUUAAUGAUGAGAACUACCAGGAAUCGCGGAACGGGGAGUCCACGCCGCCAGUAAAGAAGCAUCCCACAGAUGUGGUGACAGAAGACUCUGACAAAUAUACAAGAACAGGCUCUAGGAGUGGGGUGUACUCUGAUGCCAAGACCGAGAUUCCCCCGAGAGAGGCAGGGGAUGGGCAUGAGGAACCGGACACAGUCCACUCAGACAGCCAUGCUGAAUUCCAUGACUAUGUCUGUGUCUCACAUGACUUCAUAGAGAUAGAGGGUCUGGACAGCACAGAUGAAUCAUCCGAUGAAGAACAGAACUACAAGAAAACAACUAAAGUCAGGUUCAGCAAGGCCCCCAUCAAGCUUUUUCACACCUUCUCUACUGAUGAGUAUGAUAGAAGAAAUGAGGAUGUUGACCCAGUAGCAGCCUCAGCGGAAUAUGAAUUAGAGAAAAGAGUCGAGAAAAUGGAUGUAUUUCCAGUCGAUCUUAUCAAAGGUCCUGAGGGAUUAGGCCUCAGUAUCAUUGGUAUGGGAGUAGGUGCUGAUGCAGGGUUAGAGAAACUAGGAAUAUUUAUAAAGACCCUGACAGAAGGAGGAGCUGCUCAGAGGGACACAAGAAUUCAGGUGAAUGACCAGAUCAUAGAGGUGGAUGGGAAGAGUCUGGUAGGUGUAACACAGGCCUACGCUGCCUCCGUACUGAGGAACACCAGUGGAAAAGUGCAAUUUAUGAUUGGAAGGGAAAAAGACCCCAGUAGAAGUGAAGUGGCUCGUCUGAUCCAACAAUCCCUAGAACAGGAUCGUAAGCGGGAGGAAAUGAAGAAGAUGGAACAGGAGAAGCUCCAUCGUCAGCUGGAGGAGCAGUUCCACCCGCGAGACGAGAUCAUGGAGCACGAGCAUAUGAGGAGGGUGUCUGAGACUGGGCGAGAACUGGACGAGACGGAUGAGGAGGAAGAGGAGGAGGAGGAGGAAUAUGAAGAAGAUCAGGUGGUGGAUGAUGACAAGGACAUUGAUGAAUCUGAGAACACAGAAGAAGACAAUCAAAUCAAUCACUCAGAACAGGAUAGCUCAGCUAUGGAUGUCAUGGAGACUGCGGCGGGGGACAGCACCCCCCUAAUGAUGCCCCCUGACCUGGAGGGGGAGAGCCCCGCCGAGUCCCCUGAGGAGAAGCCGGCGAUGGAGGUGUUUGAUCUACAAGAGAGCAGUAGUGAGUCCAUAUCUCCCGAUAUGGAGUCUCAGGCACUGUUUAUCAAACUCAAAGAGGCCCAGUAUAAGAAUGCUGUUACUGAAGCAGAACUGGCUAAAGUGAAAGCAAAAAUAAUCAUGCUGGAAUCUGCAGAAAAUCAGAAGAAAGAAACGGAGAAGAAAUGUGAGCAGAUGGCCCACAGACUGAGGGAUAUGGAGAAGAAACUGGAAAGUAAUCGCAAAGAGAUUAACCACUAUCAGGAUUUACUGGAGGGAUCUCAAGGACAGUAUAUUGCAUUAGAGAGGAAAAUGAAAGGAGAAUUUGCAGGUCUGGAGAAAAAGUAUCAUAAGGCCAAGAAAUUAAUCAAAGACUAUCAACAGAGGGAAAAGGACUUUAUUCAGGAAAGAGAAUCCCUCUUACAGCAGCAAGCAGAGAAAAAUCAACAAUAUGAUGAUUUAGUCAAGUCCCUCAAAGAUAGAAUUUUUGAGUUGGAGAAGGAGCUAGGGGAGGUACAGAAGGUAGCAGGACUACCUGUACUGGUCCCCAGCAGCCAGCAACCCCUCCCCUCCCCAACAAUACAACCCAAACUCAUGCAAAAAGUUGAAGCCUCUCCAUUAAAUGAAUCAAUAUCAUCCAGUUCUGAUGCAUCACCCAGUAACAGAACAGAGAAUGGUGUAGAUGACGACAGUUCCUCAGUGGACAGUUUUAGGGACGCCGUUCCUCAGACCUCACUACUGGACACUUCAGCCAAUCGUGACAAAGGUCAACUGGCCGCUGCUGCUAACAGGGCCAGACGACCCCCUACAAAACGCAAUAUUAAGGGUUCUGAAGGCGAGAUUGUAGAGGAAGAACAGGAUGAAAGUGGAUUAGAGACUUGGAUCAAACAUGACAGUUUCAGUAGUAGUGAGGAUGAAUUUUUCGACAGUACAGUCAAGAAAAGUGAUGCAAAAAAGAGAAAAGCUCAGCAGAAGAAUUUAUUACAACCCCCCAAUAUACCACCCCCUCCCCCACCUCCCCAGGGGCCCGACAGUGACUCUGUCAGUGACCAGUCCCACUCCAGGCAGGACAGUGAGAACGAGGACUCCUCCUCCACUGUGUCCCAGACAUCAUAUGACCCCUCCCAGCCGAUGUUUAAAAACAUGCAGUCAGAAAUCCCCGACUCCCUCCCUGAGGAAAUCCCCUCCAUAGGCAGUGCCGGAAAAAGUAAAGGCCUAGGUUUGUCCAAACUGUUAAAAUUUGGUAAGAGUGGAGGUAAUGCAGAAAACAGUGGUGUGGUUUUGUUGUCCAAUCGUUCUCUUAAUAAGGAGCAGGGGAGCUCGGGAGAGGAAGGGGGCAUAACUCUCAUAUCCAAGCGUCCUCUGGAUAUGUCCACAGAGUCGCUGGAUGUCAGGAGUUCUUCUCCCAAAUCUUUACCAGGUGUCAGUACAACAAGUGAUGUUUCCUCUUCAUACAUGGUGCAAGAAUACGACGAUGAUGACGGCAAAAAGACAUUUUUCUCCCUAAAUAUCUCAGGAACUCCAGCCCUUGAUGACAAAUCUUCCAGUAAGAGACAGGUCAAUCAGUUUCAGUCCGGGUCCAUUUCGGAGUGGUCCGUGGAAAACGUGGCCCACUGGUUAAUGCUUCUCGAGUUAGAGAAAUAUAUUCCUCUCUUUGCUGAGAAAAACAUAACAGGACCUCAACUAAUUCAACUAGAUGGCACAAAGUUAAAGACAAUGGGCAUUGCUAGUAGUAAAGACAGAGACUUAUUGAAAAAGAAAAUUAAAGAAAUUAAAACUGGCAUGGAGAAAGAAAAGAAAAUUCAGGAGAAAGAAAGGAAAGCCAAAGAGAAAGAACAGAAAAAGCAACUUCAGAAGAAGAAAUGAAGACAAAAAGUCCGUAGGAUUUAACUAUUGAUGUUGUGAAAACUCUCAUCACAGGGAAUUUGGAUAUAGUGCUCGUCUGUCUACACAAGUUGGUGAUGUCUCAGCAAAUACAUGUGGUACUUUACAAGCAUUUCACAAUACAUUAUGGUAUACAGAAUCGAUAUGUUUUGUAUAUUGACGUAUAUUAAGGAGAGAAGUUGUGUACUUUU